AUGGCGCCUAAGAACAAAGACUCGGGUAAGGCCGACAAGUCCAAGUCUGCCUCUGGAGGUGGAAAUGGAAAAGGAAAAGGAAAAGCCAAAGACGAUGAUGGCCCAGCUGGUGGAAGCGGUAACCUGAAGGCAGCUCAAUCCAUCAAUGUCAGGCACAUCCUGUGCGAAAAGCACUCCAAGAAAGAAGAGGCUCUGGCCAAAUUGCGCGAUGGUGCAAAGUUCGACGAUGUGGCGAGGGAAUACUCAGAGGAUAAGGCCAGACAAGGUACAGUCAUAAUCAGCAAGGCCGCCGCCACCUCUGCAAGAUGUCAGAUAAACAAGGAAACUGACUGA